UCAAGAAAAUACCAAUAAACAUGGUCAUGUGAUGCAAAGGCCGAGUUAUUUAUAGAAUAUUGUGUGGCAAGUUAUAGUUUGGCAUGAUAUAUAAAUGUAAUGUCUGCAAUUGCACUUUACAAGCAUUAUAUAGAUAGAAUUCAGUGUGAUUGGACCUAAUUAAAAUCAUAAUGUGUCAUAUUUAUUAAUGGAUACAAGAUAACCUUCUGGUAUUGUUAUAAUAAUGUAAAUAAUAGAAUAUUUUAAGUAGUUAAUUCUACUGUCACUGCACUUACCAUCAUAAGUGCAUAAAAUAUAGUUUCGAUUAUUCUACAAUAUUCGCAUGUUUAAAUGCUGUGAUUCGUAUUUUGAAUAUUUAACCAGAAGAUAUUUCAAAAACAUCUAUAGUUAUGUCAAAGCCUGAUGCACCAAAGUUCGUGACAGCAUUAUUUUCCUUCAAAGGAAAGAAUAAUGAUGAACUAUGUUUUAAGAAAGGUGAUAUUAUAACCAUAACUCAAACAGAUGAUGAAGGUUGGUGGGAAGGAACGUUGCAUGAUAAGACUGGAUGGUUUCCAUCCAACUAUGUUAAAGAGCAUAGAGUACCCGAUAAUGGAUUAUCUUCUGUUAAAGUUACUUCAGAAAAAGGUUUACCAGAGUCACCUGUUCAUCAAAAACUUAAUCGUGAUAUAGUUAUAAAAGACAUUGUUGAUUCGGAAAGAAUUAACGUAGCAGAAUUACAAGGCUUAGUUACUAAUUUUUUGCAACCACUAGAAACAUCAAAUAUAUUAAAAAAAGAAGAGUACAAACAAUUAUUAGGUAACAUACAUGAAGUAUUGGAAAUGCAUCAACGUCUUCUUACAAAUUUAGAAAAUACCAUUCUACAAGGUGUAGCUGGUAGAAUAGGAAAUUUGUUUUUAACACUUGCUCCAAGAUUAAAAUCUAUUCAUACUGCAUAUUGCAAUAAUCAUCCACAAGCUGUUUGCAUUCUUGAUAGAUACAGAGAUGAAUUAAAUGAAUUUAUGGAAGAUAGUGGUGCAAUUACUCCAGGUAUAUUAGUUUUAACUACUGGUCUUAGUAAGCCGUUUAGAAGACUAGACAAGUAUUCUGCUAUGUUACAAGAAUUAGAAAGAUACACUGAGAAAAAUCAUCCUGAUAGAGGAGAUACACAACGAAGUAUAGCAGUUUAUAGAGAAAUAGCGGAUUCUUGUUCUUCAAUACGUAAACAACGUGAAUUAGCACUACAGGUAUUGACUAGUGGUAUUAAAGGUUGGGAAGGUGAAGAGUUAAGUUCUCUUGGUGAAAUUCUUCAUGUUGGAUCAGUUACAUUAGCAACAGGAGUUGAUAAAAGGGAUAGAUACUUUGUUUUAUUUCCUGCUACGUUAUUAGUGUUGAGUACCAGUCCACGAAUGAGUUCUUUUAUUUAUGAGGGAAAGCUUCCAUUGACAGGCAUUAAUGUAUUGGCAACUGAAGAUACCGAUGAAAUAAGGAAUGCUUUUGAAAUAACGGGACCAAUGAUUGAAAAUAUAACAGUAUUAUGUACAAGUAAAGAAGAAAGGCAACGUUGGAUUGAGCUUCUAGCUCAAGAAAAAGUUACCAAUAUAUUGAAAUCACCGACAAUGCCUCGAGUGAGUUACAAUCAUCCUCCGUAUACGCGGCUCUCGAGGUAUUUUGCAAAGCUCGUGAGGAAAAAAAUAAUAGAAAAUGAAUUAAUGAAAAAAUUGCUUUACAUUCAAUACGUUUUAAAGCCAGAUUUAAGUAGCGUUAAAAUGAGAAGGUGUAACGUGACGUAUACUAUUUUUCCUAAUAAAAGUAACGAAUGUAAUUCAGAUUGUGAUACUAUUAUCGAUAAUGAAACUACUCAGGAUCCACCAAAAGAAUUACGUAAAUCUACAUUAACACUUGAUGUCAGAUACGAGGUUGGAAAUACCGAUCUCAGUGCCUUAGGUUUAGAAAGUACUUCUCUCACGAACUUCGCAUCGAGGGCCGCCGUUGCUUAUGGAGAUCGUUCUUCGUUUGAAACCAGCAAAAGUUUACCUGCUGGCCGUGCUACGAGCCACGUCCUGCCAAACAUAUUACUUUCUACGAGUACAUCUACUGUACCAAUUUUAUUACCGCGUACACAUGAUUAUUAUCGAGAAAAUUUAGAUAUACCACGUGAACGUAUGAUGCCUUAUGGUGGUACUAUUAAAUGUUGGGAUGUUGUCGAGCUUUAUCCUAAAACACCAGACAUUUCUAAUCUCAAUAUUGGAGAUUCUGUAACACCUGUAAACACAGCUGAUAAUGGAAAUCUAAGAAAUGAUCAACGUUUAUGUCCUAUUACCAGUGUGCAUUCAUCGGAUUCUGGAAUGGCUGAAAGUUUUCAUUUAAAUUCAACUGAACUUGGUUCUUGUUACAAAUCACACAGAUCCAGUCAUAGUAAAUACAUUGAUCCAGUAAGAGCAUCCCACAGUGAAAGCGACAUUGAUGAAAAUAAAUUUGAAAAUCAAUGCAUUUGUACUUCCCCAUUUGGUUCUACACCCAGAGAUAGCGAACGUUCAUUCCCUUCUACGGAAAAUAUUAAUAAAACAUCGAAUACGGUAAUGACUUCUUCCAGCUAUAUUAAAAAAAAUGUUAAUAAAGAUGCAUUUGAUAAUAUGAAAAAAGAAGAAGAAGAAGAAGAGACAAAUAUUAUGGUUACUGCUAAAGAUUAUGAAAAUAUUAAGCACAAAAGAUUUACUGAACCAAUACCACAAUUACAUCAAAGUUAUUCUAAAAGAAAGGGAAAAAAAAUGGUCCGUCCAGUGCAACCAACUAUCGAAGAACAACCCGAACAAACGGGUCAAGUUUAUAGAUCAGGAUUAUAUGCUCAUUGGUGGCUCAAGAGAACAAUUCCAUUAUCAGGAUGCACAGAACGAGGCAAGCUUCCAUGGCAUGGCUGUUUAUUUUUUUACCUUUUUUUUUUUCUCUCUCUCUCUCUCACUAAUAGUCAUUGGUCAUCAAGGAUUUUAUGCUUAUAUUUCACAGCCAUGUUGUGUGAAGAAUGCUUUUGCUUUAUGAACAGUCAGACGAACGGGAAGCGCCAACGGUCGGCAGUGGAUCAUUGUUUAUCUCCAGGGAUUAAAACACCUUGGAGUAUUGCUUCGUUACGUCCAGCCCCGCCUUUAUAUACACUCAAGACAUUUGAUAAUCGUCAAUUUGAAGAAGAUGCAAUUAUUUUAAAAAUAAUAGAGAGUUAUUGUCUUUCUGUCAAUAGUAGAUAUACCAUGAAUUCUAACGAGUCUAAUUCUAUGGUGGAUGUCGAAUGGCAAAGAACACGGGAUGCAUCAUCCUUUACGCAUAAGAAAGGUGUAAAUUGGGAUAGCAGCGCUGACCGGUCGUUAUCGGAAACUGUAAAAACUUUAAAAAAUCAAAUGACAGAUCUACAGUCACAAAUGUCAUUACUUACUAAACAAUUAGAUGAAGAAAGAAGAUCUCGACUUUCGUUAGCUGCUACUGUAAAACGUAGUAUGGCUGCUAUGGAUAGUUCCAUACCAUAAGGAUAUAAUAUUUAACAUUCAGGAAAUAAACAACUUACCAAAUUAGAAUUUAACUUAAUGCUACUCGCAUGCAUCUUAAUGCGCUUAAAGAUGCAUCGUACUUGGAAUGUUAUGAAAUAUUUUUAAAUUUAUGACAUAGAUUUAUAUUAUAAAUAUAUAUAACAUUAUUAAGCGAUAGUCAAAUGUUAUUUAUCUAUUUUUAUAUAGUAUAACUUGUUCAUGAAUCUUUUUAUGAACGAAAUAAAUUUUCGCAUAAUGUGCUGAUUUUACAUACUUUGUAAAUUAAAUGAUAUUAUCAAAUCAGCGCCAUUUGUGUCUUAUAUUAAAAUCUUAUCGAUAAUAAAAAGCUGAUUUGAAAUAUGAAAUAA